AGUCGACCGGAUCGCACACGAUUUCGCUGCAUUCUCCACAUUAUAGCACAGAAAUAACAAAUAGUCAUGUUUUGUGCCUUAUCAACAUUUCUAGUUUCUAUUGGACUCUAUGCCCUGGGUUCUUAUCUCUACGAGCAGCUAAGAACGCCGUACAAAUUGAUGAAACUUCGAUACUUUAGCGAUACGAGACCCACUCUCAAGGAGCGUUAUGGAGAUUGGGCGGCUGUCACGGGAGCCAGCGAUGGAAUUGGCAAGGAGUACGCCAAGGCUUUGGCCCGCCAAAAUAUCAAUGUUGUGCUGAUCGCCAGAAACGAGGAGAAACUUCAGGCGGUGGCCAAGGAAAUUGCGGAGAUUGUUCCUAAAGUGCAGACUAAAAUUGUGAUAGCUGACUUUACAAAGGGCUCGCAAGUGUAUGAGCAUAUUGAAAAGGAAACUGCCACUAUUCCCAUUUCCAUUCUUGUAAACAACGUUGGCAUUGGCACACCAGCGCCUAUUCUUAAAUGGACCCAAGAAGCCACAAAAAACAUAAUUGAUACCAAUGUGGUGGCCGUUUCCCAGCUUUCUCGGAUCUUCUUCCAGCGAAUGAAGGAGUCGAAGAUCAAGGGAGCCAUCGUGAAUGUAAGUUCCGGCACGGAACUGCAGCCCUUGCCCUAUGGAGCCUACUAUGCCGCCUCGAAGGCGUACAACCGUAGUUUCACUUUGGCUUUGUAUCACGAAGCGAAGCCAUAUGGAAUCCAUGUGCAGCUGCUGUCCCCGAAUUUCGUGGUGACCAAGAUCAAUUCGUACUCCAGGAAGAUCAUGAAAGGCGGUCUGUUCAUCCCAUCAGCCUCUGCUUACGGCCAGAGUGCCGUGGAUCAGCUGAGGGACGGAGUGGAGGAGACUCCGGGUUACCUGUGGCACCAUGUUCAGAAUGCUGUGGCAACCGCGUUUACAUGGCGGGUUCGUACCUAUGCCGCUAUGAGAAUUUUUAACAAGGCGAAGGACAAGAAAAGGCAAAGCUAAUGUCUUCAAUUUCGAAAACAAAUAAAUAAAAAAACAAACCACAAAGCCA